GUGCAGCGUUUGGCAGACUUGUUGGAGAGAUCAUGGCAACCAUGUUUCCUGAUGGCAUACAUGCUGACGGCAGCGUGUAUCCUAUAGUUCCUGGCGGUUAUGCUGUAGUUGGUGCUGCAGCACUGUCUGGAGCAGUCACCCACACUGUAUCCACAGCGGUCAUAGUGUUUGAGCUGACCGGUCAGAUCUCCCACAUCCUGCCUGUGAUGAUCGCCGUCAUUCUGGCCAACGCCGUUGCCCAGUCGCUCCAACCAUCUCUGUACGACUCCAUCAUCCGCAUCAAAAAACUUCCUUAUCUGCCUGAGCUGGGCAUGGGACAUCACGAGAAAUAUAAUAUCCGCGUGGAGGACAUCAUGGUCAGGGACGUGCGCUUCAUCACUUUGAACUCCUGCUAUCGGGACCUGCAGGAGAUGCUGCUGACAGGUCAACUCAAAACACUGGCCCUGGUUGAAGGCAGAGACUCCAUGAUCCUGCUGGGCUCCAUAGAGCGACUACAGCUCCAGUCUCUGCUCUCGCUUCAGCUGGGACGCCAGCGGAGGCUGGAGUACCUCCACCAGCUGGCCCAGGACAACGGCACACACGAUCACCUGCCCAGCCUGACAACUGACAGCACCCCCAGCUCACCCUGCGCCCACACUCACGUCAACUCGUCAGGCAGCGCUCGCCAAGGGGUCCGCUUCCUGGUGAGCACCCAACAGAUCUCCACAGAGGAGUCUUCCUCCUUCAGCCCAGUGGCUUCCAAUAUUCAGCUUCCUCUGAAAUCUGCCUUGAAAACUGUGUCUGCCAUCAGUGACACAGAGACGCCAAAUAGUUCUCAGACGCUCUCCUGUGCGGACCAAGAAAAGGAGCUGCUGGAGAGCCCGGCUGGGCCAGCUCCCCCUGAAAAGAGGAAGCCCAAACGAGUGAGGAUCUCCAUGGCGGACUCAACUGAAGUAGACGAUUGUAUGACUCAAUCAGAGAUAGCAGAGUGGGAGGAGCAGCAGCUUGAUGAACCGGUGGAUUUCAAAAACUGCAAGAUCGAUCCUGCUCCCUUCCAGCUGGUGGAGCAAACAUCUCUGCAUAAGACUCACACCAUCUUCUCUCUGCUGGGUCUGGAUCACGCCUAUGUGACCAGCAUGGGACGUCUGGUUGGAGUGGUCUCUCUCAAAGAGCUGCGUAAGGCCAUCGAGGGCUCGGUGACAGUGACUGGAGUGAAAGUGCGCCCUCCGCUGGCCAGUUUCCGUGACAGCGGGAACAGCACAAACGUAUCUGAAGUAACUGAACUACACAAGCUGUGCAUCCGCCACAGGGGGCUCUCGUUGCCCCGGGAACCCAACCCCCCUGACGCAGAGGACCAACCAGAUCUCCAGUACAAAGAGAUCCCCGUCAACUUCUCAGACCAAACCAGUCUGCAGUUUGAAACCAGCCCCGGCGACGUCACAAAUCAGUCGUCAGAUUUGGUCCUCCAGGAGAGUCCCUCAUUCACAGAGGACCAAUCAGAGUUCACUUUUGACUGCAGCCCCUCCCACACUGAGGAAUCAGAGCUUGCCUGUGACUAUGACCCGCCCACCCACACUCCUGAGCCGGAUGAAACAGAGCAACAACAUGACCCGCCAUCUCUGAACAUGGACCAAUCAGAACUUGAGGGAGAGAGUAGCCCCGCCCACACGGAGGAUCAGUCAGAAUGAUCCGAUCCGUCCUGUCGUCUCAUGAAUGUUGAUGUUUCUUACGUUUGUAGAGGUCACACUCUCCGACAAGUCCAGCCUUGAUACCCGAGUUUCUAACGUUGUGGUGUGAGUGAGUGUUGUGUUUGUGCAGACGCCUGUUUAAAUGAUAAAUCUGGUUUUAUUCUAUAUUUCUUUACCGUCAACAGAUCCUGUGAGAAGACCAAAAUCAACAAUGCUUUUGUAGGCCUGCUCUGAUUUUACAUGACAUGAGUCGGCGUUGCUUGGAUCGGCAGACAACACGUUUGAAAGAGGGAUCCUACCAGACCUCUGUUGCCUUUACCCUCUCAGACCAAACUGUAGACUGUAAAUACAGGUGGACGAAGUGACUGCCUCCCAAAAGUGAAACCAAAUUAUCUUCAUCGCCACUGCAGGCUGGCCAUAUCCUGUUCCAUAUUAGAAUGGCCCUUAGUAGAGCGCAUACUUCCACUGAGGCCCAUUACAUUGAGACCGUUACAUUCAAUCAAGCUGCAUCAAAUUUCACAAACUCAUAGAAAUUAUUUCCCCCAAUUUUUUUUUAUUUUUUUUGAAGGAUUCACAAAUUUGUCUAUGAGAAAUAAACAAAAAUGUAUCCCACAAUGUAAAGUGAUAAAAAAGAAAAUCCUGGACCUGCCCCUUUGUCUGGAUGAGCACAAAACUUGAAUCAGUUCUGUCUCAGCAUAUUUUCCAUCCCUGAUCAAGACACUUUGGCUUCACUUUAGAGGAGGAGCUUUCACGUCGUCCAUCUUUAUAUCCAGUCUGUAAUG